AUGGCCAGGAUACUGCGCGGAUAUACUGUUAACGCCGCACGUCUUCAAGCGGACCGCGUCAGUGAGAGGUACCAAUAUCCUGUCCAGAGAGCGGCACUGGUCUCGGCCUUGGUAGAGUUUCAGCGGACGCAGGUCUUCUUCAUGCUGAGCUUACAGACUGCCGCAUUAGUAGCGCUGUACGACCGCAAGAUCCUCGGAGUGCAAGAUUGGGAGGGCCUGAUAAGAAUGCUUUCAUUCUUCAAUGACCUGGCCACAUCAGGAGGAUGCACUGUCGUGGCUAACCUUCUGGUCCUUCGCAAAGAUGGACCGCUCGAAUGGCUGACGCUUGGUUGGUCCGGCGUCUGCGUUGUUGUUAGUGCAACAACGUGGAUUGCCACGCACUUCAAGCCCGUGGGAAUCAACGACUUUACGCCCAUGAGCCAAGAGAUCUGGGAAUGCGCUGGUUUCCUUGACCAACGCAAGUACUGCCAGAGCGCCUACAAUUACGCCAAGGCCUCCCUGCCAGUAUCAUCGCUCAUGUGGGCUACGUUUGUACUCCCGAUACUCGUUAUGUUCUGCUUGCUCGUUGACCGAGCGAACGUAUUCGGGACCGUCCACCCAGUAUCACAAGUCGCCGAACGCGUAAACAUCUUUGUGAUGAUUGACCAUUGGUUAUCUCGGAAAGGCCAUCAGCCCUUACGGAGUCGCAUGUUCAGGCUCACACGAAUAAUUUUCGCGUACUUUGCAGAGGCUUGGCUUGUAUAUGCGAACGUAUUCCUCCUUGUCAAGUUCUUCGGCUGGCUCAACAUCAGCCAAAGCCAGUGGACACUUGGUCAAAUCAUAGCAGUCGCGGUCUGGGCGCCAGUCUUCGCUGAAUACAUACACUUAAUGAUUCGAGGAAUCGAGAAGGCCUUCAGGGCUCGCCUGGCGAGGGGGUACAAGGUCGUUGCCGUCACCCCUGCGUCUGCUACACAGGCCAGUCACCCACCGCAUACCAAUGUUGGAAGUGCGAGCAGCAACAGCUUGGCGCUUGCACCGAGUAGACUGCAGACAUCUAGCAUAAGCUAUCCUUCAUUACCAAUAAGUCCUUGA